CUCUUCCCGCAUUAGCAAACUUUGUGAAAAGGUUUGGGGACCCUUUGGACACACCAUCAAAAGAUGCCUUCAAAAUAAUGCAGAUCAAAAAGAAACAACGGAGCAAAAGUGAAAAUAAUGAGUGUGGGGAGGGAGAUGGAGAGGUUUCCCUCUGUUAGGGUCCAGGAAUCUAGAGCAAGAAAAGAAAAUAAGACAAUGUGGGGGCGGGGAUGGAGAUGGAGAAGUGAGCUUGCAACUUCUUGAGAAAGAAUUCAGGUAGAUUAAACCUACAGAAGAACCCUCAUGAUUAAAACUCAGCAAUAUUUAAAGAAGAAAUAUAAGAUGCUGUGUGGAUUUAGUAUUAUGCAAAAAGCAAGCUCACUGAUGCGUAAAGGGAGAAUCAAUCUGCUUUACCUGGGAAAAGGAGAAUUUAUCAAAUUGCUUGCCUUUUAGGCUGAAAGACCAGACAGACCAGACAAUCUCCAUUGUUGUAAUGGACCUGCCUGAUACCUUGAAAAAAGGAGAGAACCUAUUGGAAGGAAGGAAGGAAGGAUUGCCUCUAGAAAAACCUUCAAUGAGUUUCAAGAAUGAAGUGAUCACUUAGAACACAGAAUUCAUCCCCCAUCGAAGAAAAUCAUCACAACCACACACAUAAACUUACAAAUGUUCAACGUGCCCACCAGAAUCAGCCUCUAUCAAAGAUACAUGAACGUAAAUGACAUAGGGGGGCCACCUCAUUACCACCAAAACAACACUUAGCUCUCUUUCCUUCAUAUGUUUGUCUUCGUACUCCAAAAUGAGCACCGCAUCUCCACCCACCUCCCCACCCUUCUCUCCACCUAUCUUCCAUUCCCUUUCCUACCAUUCAUUUCUUUCUUCUCCUUUAAUCCAGCUCUUUCACCACCCACUACCUCUAUUCCUUUCAUUUUAGCUAUCAAAUUAUUGUCCAAGUAGAUUUCACAAACCCCCUCAACCCUCCCCCUCAAACUACCAUCACGCCAUGGCCAAACUAGUAGUAGAAGUUCAUGAUGCAUGUGACCUUAUGCCCAAAGACGGCCAAGGUUCAGCCAGUCCUUUUGUGGAAGUACACUUCGAUGAACAAAGCCAUAGGACUCAAACCAAGCCUAGAGAACUUAACCCUGUUUGGAAUGAAAAGUUUUCUUUCAAUGUUAACAAUCCAAGAUAUCUUCCCAGCAAGACCAUUGAAGUUGUUGUGUACAAUGAUCGAAAAGGCGGUCACCACAAGAACUUUCUUGGCCAUGUUAGAAUCUCUGGAAAUUCUGUGCCUUUAUUAUCUGACUCCGAGACCAUUGAUCUUCAGAGAUACCCUCUUGAGAAACGUGGCCUUUUCUCGCAUAUCAAAGGUGAUAUAUCACUCAAGAUUUAUGCAGUCCAUGAUGGUAGCCACUAUCCUCCUCCAAAUGCUGGCAAUUUUGUAACUGAAGCAACUCCAGUAUUCCAAGAAAUUCCUCCAACAAAUGCUGGCAAUUUUGGAACUGAAGCAACUCCAGUAUUCCAAGAAAUCAACACCAACAAGCUUCAAGAAGAAGAUGCCAUUGAUGAUCAUGAGAAGAAGAAUAAGAAGAAAAGGAAGGAUAAAGAAGUUAGGACUUUUCAUUCUAUAGGGACUGCAACUGGAGGUCCUGCCGCUGCCGCUCCACCUCUUGUAUCUUCCGGGUUCGGGUUUGAGACUCAUGUUAUGAAAGAAAAGGCUCCUACAGUUGAGACAAGAACUGAUUUUGCUCGAGCUGGGCCACCUACUGCAAUGCAUAUGCAUAUGCCAAAGCAGAAUCCGGAAUUCUUGCUGGUAGAGACCAGUCCACCGGUUGCUGCCCGUAUGCGAUACAGAGGAGGGGACAAGAUGGCAUAUGCUUAUGAUUUGGUGGAGCAGAUGCGUUACUUGUAUGUGAGUGUGGUUAAGGCCAAAGAUCUUCCUGCUAUGGAUGUUUCUGGGAGUCUUGAUCCAUACGUUGAAGUCAAGCUUGGGAACUAUAAAGGCAAGACUAAAUACUUGGAGAAGAACCAAAGCCCGGUUUGGAAGCAAAUUUUUGCAUUCUCAAAGGAUAGAUUGCAGUCCAAUUUACUUGAAGUUACGGUGAAGGAUAAGGAUUUUGUCACCAAGGAUGAUUUUGUGGGCAGAGUGUUUUUUGAUUUAUCUGAAGUGCCUCUUCGCGUGCCCCCAGAUAGUCCACUGGCUCCUCAGUGGUACAGAUUGGAGGACAAGAGGGGGAUAAAGACAAAAGGAGAGAUUAUGCUUGCAGUUUGGAUGGGAACACAGGCUGAUGAGUCAUUUCCUGAAGCGUGGCAUAGUGAUGCUCAUGACAUUAGUCAUACAAACCUCGCCAACACACGAUCGAAGAUAUACUUUUCGCCGAAGCUGUAUUACCUUAGAGUUCAAAUCAUUGAAGCUCAAGAUCUUAUCCCCUCCGAUAAGGGUCGCAUGCUGGAAGUGUUCGUAAAAGUUCAACUUGGUAAUCAGGGAAGGGUCACUAGGUCUUUGCAGACGCGAAGCAUCAAUCCAAUUUGGAAUGAUGAGCUAAUGUUUGUUGCAUCUGAGCCUUUUGAGGAUUUUAUAAUUGUGUCUGUUGAGGACAGGAUAGGACCAGGCAAGGAUGAGAUACUUGGAAGGGUGAUUUUAUCAGUUAGGGACAUCCCAGCAAGACUCGAGACUCACAAGUUCCCGGAUCCUUGCUGGUUUAAUCUCUUCAAGCCUUCGUUGGCACAAGAGGAAGGUGAGAAGAAGAAAGAGAAAUUCUCAAGCAAGAUCCUGCUCCGUCUCUGUUUAGAUGCAGGGUAUCAUGUUCUUGACGAGUCUACACAUUUUAGCAGUGAUCUACAACCAUCAUCCAAGCACCUCAGGAAGCCAAGUAUUGGUAUCCUUGAACUUGGGAUUCUCAGUGCACGAAAUUUGCUACCAAUGAAGGGGAAGGAUGGUAGGACCACUGAUGCAUAUUGUGCGGCGAAGUAUGGCAACAAAUGGGUUCGAACCAGGACAAUUCUCGAUACUCUGAAUCCUCGUUGGAAUGAACAGUAUACUUGGGAAGUUUAUGAUCCUUGCACUGUGAUCACCCUCGGUGUCUUUGACAAUUGCCAUAUUAAUGGAAGCAAAGAUGAUUCAAGAGAUCAGAGAAUUGGGAAGAUAAGGAUUCGGCUAUCAACAUUGGAAACUGAUCGAAAAUAUACACAUUACUAUCCGUUGCUAGUUCUUACCCCCUCUGGAUUAAGGAAGCAUGGGGAACUUCAGCUGGCAUUGAGGUUUACAUGCACAGCUUGGGUUAAUAUGGUGACUCAAUAUGGCAAGCCAUUGCUUCCUAAAAUGCAUUAUGUCCAACCAAUUUCGGUUAUGCACACUGAUUUGCUUCGCCACCAUGCUAUGCAGAUAGUGGCGGCAAGGCUAUCAAGAGCUGAGCCACCUCUUAGACGUGAGGUUGUGGAGUACAUGUUGGAUGUGGAUUACCAUAAGUGGAGCUUGAGGAGAAGCAAAGCUAAUUUUCUUCGCAUAAUGUCGCUGCUUUCAGGGAUCACUGCUGCCUGUAAAUGGUACAAUGACAUUUGCAACUGGAGAAAUCCAAUAACAACAUGUCUCGUGCACCUUCUGUUAUUUAUACUGAUUUGUUAUCCAGAGUUGAUACUGCCCACAAUUUUCCUCUAUCUCUUUGCGAUUGGGUUAUGGAAUUAUCGGUUCAGGCCAAGGCACCCACCACACAUGGAUACUAGGCUUUCACAGGCACACAAUGCGCAUCCAGAUGAACUUGAUGAGGAAUUUGAUUCAUUCCCAGCAUCCCGGUCACCAUCAGAUAUUGUGAGGAUGAGAUAUGAUAGGCUGAGAAGUGUUGCAGGUAGGGUGCAGACAGUGGUCGGAGAUGUGGCAAGCCAGGGGGAAAGAGCUCAGGCACUACUAAGUUGGAGGGACCCAAGGGCGACGGCAAUCUUUAUCCUCUUUUCAUUAAUCUGGGCAGUGUUUAUUUAUGUCACUCCAUUCCAGGUAGUGGCAGUGCUGGUUGGACUCUACUUGCUUCGACAUCCCAGGUUCAGGAGCAAGAUGCCCACUGUGCCCGUCAACUUCUUCAAGAGAUUGCCGUCCAAAACAGAUAUGUUACUAUGAUGAAUUGGAAGCUAUUAUAACUUAAAACUCCUUAUUUGCUUGAUUCUGGUCGAGGAAAGAUGAUCCAGUAAAUAAUUCCAUCAAUGUCAUGACAGCAGGAAAGCACCUAGGUUCAUUCUCCCCUGACAACCCACUCCGCAAAAGAAUCUUACUUUCGCUGAAUAUGCAUGCCCCACAUUUCUUCAGUCCCAUGCAUGGAAUCCCACUAUUCUUUUUUCUCUUUAUUCCAUAUUCUGUACUAUUAAUAAGCAAUCAUAUUUUGUAUUUCAUGAAUCA